GCUGGCCGCCGUCUUCUGUGUCGUGUUGUUUGUUGAGUUGAGUUUUGUCGGUGUCGUGUCGGUGGCGAGACUGAGACUCGGCGCGGUGGGUCACGCUGGGUCGAUUAUCCUGCGACACGGCGCUGGCAGAGUGCCGGUGCCAGCCGACGCCGCCGUGCCGUCGUCUUUGGCUGACUGGAGGGCCUCAGCUGGUCGCGGCGGCGGCCGGCAGUGCGCGUUGCGGGGAUCUAACGGCGCUCCCACAGUCCGCUGCAGACCGCAGCGCCUCACGAUGCGGCUGCUGCUGCUCUGCUGUGCGCUGGCGGCUGCGGGCGCCGAGCCGUCCGUGUGGACGUGGCGCUGUGAGUCGGGGAGCUGCGUGCGCCGCCCAGCCGCCGGUGUCACCGACGGCAUGCAGCUCGGCACGUGCAAGUUGACCUGCGGCGAGCUGUCGGUGGUGUGGCCGCGUCCGACCGGGCCGGCCGCGUUCGGCUCCGAGACGGUGCCGUUCCUUAUCGACAACAUCCAGUUCCAGCUGGUGGCGCCCGACCCGGUGAAGCCGAUGCUGCAGAAGGCCACUGAGAUAUUCCUGGACAACCUGCGGGCGCUGCAGCCGUCGGGUCUGGGCGGGCGGCGGGCCGGCUGCCGGCCGGACGGCGCCUGUGAGCCGGCCGUGGCCGAGCAGGCCGUGAAGGUGACUGUGGCCGUGGAGUCGGCCGGCACCGCGCUGACGCUGGAGACGAGCGAGUACCACCAGCUGCUGGUCAACCACACGGCCGGCGGCGAGGUCAGCGUCCUGCUGUACGCCACCACCUUCUUCGGCGCGCGCCACGGACUGGAGACGGUGUCGCAGCUCAUCGAGUAUGACGAGGAGAACGCCUGUCUGCAGAUCCUGGGCUCGGCGACGCUCAGUGACGCGCCGGUAUACCCGAUCCGGGCCCUAACCAUCGACACAUCGCGCAGCUUCAUCCCUCUCUCUGCCCUGCGGCGCACCAUCGACGCCAUGGCCAUGAACAAGCUGAACACGCUCCACUGGCACGUGACGGACACGCACAGUUUCCCGAUCGAGGUGUCCAGCGAGCCGCGUCUGGUGCAGUACGGCGCCUACUCGCCGCAGAAGGUGUACACGGCCCGGGAGGUGGCCGAGCUGGUCCGGUACGGCCGGCAGCGCGGCGUCCGACUGCUGCCCGAGCUGGACGCGCCGGCCCACGUCGGCUACGGCUGGCAGUGGGGCGAGGACGCCGGACUGGGCAGGCUGGCCGUCUGCGUCGGAGAGGAGCCGUGGCAGUCGUACUGCGUGGAGCCGCCCUGUGGCCAGAUGAACAUUGUCAACGAAAACAUGUACACCGUGCUGGGGAAGAUCUACAAGGACUUCAACGCCCUCUUCCAGCCGGAUAUCUUCCACAUGGGAGGCGACGAGAUCAACUUCAACUGCUGGAAGUCCUCCCCCGAGAUCGCCGAACACGUGAAGGACCGCGGCGGCGACCCGUCUGACGACUCGGAGUACAUGCGGCUGUGGGCUCAGUACCAGGUCCGCGCCGCCGGCCUCUGGAGGAACGUGACUGGCCGGAGCACGCCGCUGUUACUGUGGACCAGCGACCUCACCAAACAGGAGGCGGUCCGACCCUCGGCGCUGAAACCGUCACAGUAUAUUAUCCAGGUGUGGACCACCGGCACCGACCAGCAGAUCGGGAACCUCCUCCGUCAGGGCUUCCCGCUGCUGCUCUCCAACUACGACGCCUGGUACCUGGACUGCGGCUUCUCGGCCUGGGUCGGCGUCGGAAACAACUGGUGUUCGCCCUACAAGAGCUGGCAGACCGUGUACGACAACAGCCCGCGCGCCAUCGCCCGGAGUUUCGAGCCGUCCGGCGCCGACUACGCGUCCCUGGUGCGGGGCGGCUCGGCGGCGCUGUGGUCGGAGCAGUCGGACGCCCAGACGCUGGACAGCCGGCUGUGGCCGCGCGCCGCCGCGCUGGCCGAGCGGCUCUGGGCGGAGCCGGACACGGACUCGGCGGCGGCACUCACCCGGCUGGUGCACCACCGCGAGCGGAUGGUGCAGCGCGGCAUCGGCGCCGAGCCGCUGCAGCCCGAGUACUGCCACCUCAACGACGGCGUGUGCACUACCUAGCGGUGGGCGGCGCGGGGGCGGGCCGGGGCGACGGGCGCCGCCGCUGCACUGCCGCAGCUCGCCGCCCUGCCGCUGCUGCUGCCGCUGCUGCUCGUAGUGCGUUCGGCUUAAUGGUGCGUCCGAUAGCGCCGUCGUCUCUUCAGCUACAGAGCCAGGAUCGUCUCUGGCUGGAGAAGCUCGGGCAUUAUGAAACAACGAUGAACUUUGUAUUGGUUGUGGAGCGAACCCAAAAGAGGGGGCACAGUGUAAUUGUCGCACGGACUGGACAGUGGACACCGCUUUCAACUCUACGUUUGGAACAUUUGUGAUCACUGAUCAAGAUACUGUGAUGUCAUCAAAAAGACACACGGCAAUAGUAAAGCUAUUUCCAGAGUAUAUGGCCGCAGGAUACUCGCGCAAGUAAGUGCUAUAAUGGAGUUUCUGGGACGCAAGAAGCCAGAAUGUGUUACCAGUUAGCAUAACGGAAGAUGUAAGACCGAUUUAUUGAUCGUUGUAGCCUUUUUAGUGCUGUGGAUCGAUGAUCCCACAAGUGUGAGAACACUUUUGACCUAGUCUUAACCGUAAGUGAUGUCAAAUGUCAGGCGUGGGAUAUUGCUGAUUCGUCGCAAAGCAUAAGGAGGCGGAAACUAGUAUGUGAUUGUUGCGGUAACGGUUAGUCGACGACCCGAUGUUAAUCGAUGCUCCGUUCUGAAUAAUAGAUGAGCUGAUUUUGACA